AUGCGCUGUAGUCUCUGUUUGUCCCUGACUGUGGCUCCAGCGAACCACACGGUGAUGGAGGAGGUGAUGGAGGAGGUUAUGGAGGAGGUGAUGGAGGAGGUGAUGGAGGAGGUGAUGGAGGAGGUGAUGGAGGAGGUGAUGGAGGAGGUGAUGGAGGUGAUGGAGGAGGUGAUGGAGGAGGUGAUGGAGGAGGUGAUGGAGGUGAUGGAGGAGGUGAUGGAGGAGGUGAUGGAGGAGGGGAUGGAGGAGGGGAUGGAGGAGGUGAUGGAGGAGGUGAUGGAGGAGGUGAUGGAGGAGGUGAUGGAGGAGGUGAUGGAAGUGGUGAUGGAGGAGGUGAUGGAGGAGGUGAUGGAGGAGGUGAUGGAGGAGGUGAUGGAGGAGGUGAUGGAGGUGAUGGAGGAGGUGAUGGAGGAGGUGAUGGAAGUGGUGAUGGAGGAGGUGAUGGAGGAGGUGAUGGAGGGGGUGAUGGAGGAGGUGAUGGAGGAGGUGAUGGAGGAGGUGAUGGACUCGAUGAUGGCCGUGUAG